AUAACGGCUCACUUGAACCCACAAACUGCACUUUUAGCUUUAUAUUGAACGGAGCAAGUAACUAAUAAAAUUAUUCAACUAUUACUUUAUCAAACAGCUGAGGGUCCUACAAUUUUUACAAAAUACUCAAACCAACAAAUUCUCCUCCAUUCCUAAAUUCACAAUUUCACUUUCAAAACUGCACAUUAGGGAGUGAACCAAAAAGACAAUGGCGGCAGUUACGACAGCAUUGAUAGCAAUAGCGGCAGUAGUAUUAGGUUGGAUUACCAUAGAAAUCGCUUGUAAGCCUUGUCUUGAAAAGGGCCGUGAUGCUAUUGAUAGGAAUCUGGACCCGGAUUACGACCCGGAUGAUCAAGACAACAACAACAUGCGUGCCCCUUUGAAUCCUGACCCGAAUUCUUCUGAAGAUCCGGAUUCUACUUCUGCCCCUUUGGUGAAAAGUGUCUGAUUUAGUGCCACUGUUAACCUCGCUCUCUUUUUGGUACUUGCUGAGUUCUGUCUGAAUGUUCUGUUUGGAUGGUUGUUACACAUUGUUUCAUAAUGUAUCCUAGGGUGAUGUAUUGUGUUGUGUUGUAUUAGGGUGAUGUAUUCUUGUAAUGAAUACAAUGUUUGAAUAGAUGGUAUGAUUUCCCAUCA